UCCUCCUCCUAUCUCUCCAGCCCUGUACCGCAUUGCUGUAGUACAGGGGGUCACUGCAUUGCGCCGUCACCGUCAAUAGGUGGACCCCCUCCUAGGGAGAUAAAACCGCCAGAGCCGGCGCCGCCAGUCCCUCUGGCUGAGACCUCAGCUCCGGCCUACACAAAAACUCGGCUCAGUUUCCACUGUCUGAAGAGCCCCUGCCCCACCCAGUAUCCUAACCUUUUAGGUUGAGUUGGCCCCCUCCCCGCCCCCAACACAUACCCUUCAAGAUGGGUAAGGAGAAGACUCACAUCAAUAUCGUCGUCAUUGGCCAUGUAGAUUCAGGCAAGUCUACUACCACGGGGCACCUCAUAUACAAAUGUGGGGGCAUUGACAAGAGGACCAUUGAAAAAUUUGAGAAGGAGGCUGCAGAGAUGGGGAAAGGCUCCUUUAAGUAUGCCUGGGUCCUGGAUAAGCUCAAAGCUGAACGUGAAAGGGGGAUCACCAUUGACAUUUCUCUUUGGAAGUUUGAGACGACCAAAUACUACAUCACCAUCAUUGAUGCGCCAGGACACAGAGAUUUUAUCAAGAACAUGAUCACAGGAACUUCCCAGGCUGAUUGUGCGGUGCUGAUUGUGGCUGCUGGUGUGGGAGAGUUUGAAGCUGGCAUUUCCAAAAAUGGGCAGACCCGGGAACAUGCCUUGCUGGCUUAUACUCUGGGUGUGAAACAGCUUAUUGUGGGGAUCAACAAGAUGGACUCCACAGAGCCCCCCUACAGUGAAAAGCGCUAUGACGAAAUCGUCAAGGAGGUCAGCGCCUACAUCAAGAAAAUUGGCUACAACCCUGCCACAGUCCCCUUUGUGCCCAUCUCAGGCUGGCAUGGUGACAACAUGUUGGAGCCAUCCCCAAAUAUGCCUUGGUUUAAGGGUUGGAAGGUGGAGCGGAAGGAAGGAAAUGCCAGUGGUGUAUCCCUGCUGGAAGCCUUGGAUACCAUCCUGCCCCCCACCCGUCCAACAGACAAACCCUUGCGCCUCCCACUUCAGGAUGUCUACAAGAUUGGAGGUAUUGGAACAGUGCCUGUGGGCCGAGUGGAGACAGGGAUCCUUCGGCCAGGAAUGGUGGUGACUUUUGCUCCUGUAAACAUCACUACUGAGGUGAAGUCAGUAGAGAUGCACCAUGAGGCCCUGAGUGAGGCCCUUCCUGGAGACAACGUAGGAUUCAAUGUGAAGAAUGUGUCUGUCAAGGACAUCCGCCGUGGCAAUGUCUGUGGUGACAGCAAGUCAGACCCUCCCCAGGAGGCUGCUCAAUUCACCUCCCAGGUCAUCAUUCUGAACCACCCAGGGCAGAUCAGUGCUGGCUACUCGCCUGUCAUUGACUGCCACACUGCCCACAUUGCCUGCAAAUUUGCUGAGCUGAAAGAGAAGAUUGAUCGGCGCUCUGGCAAGAAGCUGGAAGAUAAUCCCAAAUCCCUGAAAUCUGGAGAUGCCGCUAUUGUGGAGAUGAUCCCUGGGAAGCCCAUGUGUGUGGAGAGCUUCUCCCAGUAUCCUCCCCUUGGUCGCUUUGCCGUGCGGGACAUGAGGCAGACUGUGGCUGUAGGUGUCAUCAAGAAUGUUGAGAAGAAGAGUGGAGGGGCAGGCAAGGUCACCAAGUCUGCACAGAAGGCCCAGAAAGCUGGGAAAUGAAUUGUGGGCUCCCUGUGCAUGGUGCAGAAGCCCUCCCCAGCUCCCAGACGCUGCCACCUUCUCCCCCCUGAAGCGCAUGUGUGCACCUCCGCUUGUAAGAGUUUAUAUGUCAACGACUGGAUGCUCAUUAUCAAGGUCCAGUGGAAAUUCUUUAAAAGGAAAAGCACAUCCCAGCGUUCGUGAAGCUUUACUGUCCCAGCGUUUGUGAAGCUUAAUGUUCAUUUUACCAAUAAACUGGUCCGACGUACA